AUGAAUUACAAAUAUAUACAAUCAAAUAUAGUCCUUCUAAUCACAUUACAUCUGACGUUAUCAAGUGAAACAAAUGCUCCUGUGUAUGAAGUGAUAAAUGAACAAGCGAGGAUAGACGACAAUAUACGACUAUCUAACAACCCAGUUAUAUUGCCCUAUGGGAAUCCUUUAGCUGGUAAUUCUAAACAAAAUGCUAGACUCCACGCUAGCAACCAACAGGCAAUGUUUAAUGCUGAAAGGAUUAGACAGCACAAAGCUCAAUUGCAAAGAUGGAACAAAAGUCCUAUGGAUAGCUACAUGAAAGCAUAUCAUGAAUUACAGGAAAACCACCAAUUGGAAAUUGAGCAACAACAAGCAACAUUAAAAGAUAGUCCUGUAACUGCUACACCAUCAACAUCACCCAGACCCAGAACAAAGCAGAGAGUACAAAACAAACGAGUACCCAAUAACGAUGACAGUCAAAAUGUGAGACAAGCUACAAAGAGAGUGCAAAAUCAAAGAAAGGAACUCCCUAGACGCGUUUCUCAAAGAAUUGACCCAGUGAAAGUUUCAAAAGGCGACGCUUUAAAAGAUAUAAGAAAUAGAAAUCAUAGAUCUUAUGGUUCGGCUGAUUAUAAUCAACAAUUGGAACCAAAAAGGUAUCAGACGGUAUAUGUGUAUCCCGUAACCUCAUUUGAUCAAGGUAUAGCUGUCAAACCUAAUUCAGACAUUGGUUCGACGCACCCGGUGAUUCAACCUAGCAAGUUGUACACUAAAACACUAUCUAGCGACACAAAACCCACAUACCCAAAGCAGUUAGAUCAUAAAUUCACAUCCGUUCAAGAAAUUGAGGCGCUCAACUCACUAUUAGCUAAAAAUCCUGAGCAACAAUUGACGGAAUUCACUGCGCUAAUAAAUUCCGAUAGGAAUGAAGAAAUUAAUAAGAAUGUGCCUACAGAUUUUUAUUAUUAUUUAAAAAAUCCAACUCAAAUGCAUAAUACUGACAGCUCGAAAUCUGUGUACGCUAGUGCUUACGUGCCAGUUAUUAAAGAUCAUACACCCAUAACGGAAGAGAUCGAUGACAUAGAAGACCCAAAUAACAAACAAACAAACAGUUUUUCAGAAUCAACUGGGUCACCCAAAAUAGAAACAGCAACAACAAAAAGCAAUAAUUAUUACAAAGUCGAAGUCGCAAGUCAAACUAUAACCAAAGAUAAUAAUCCAUAUUUACUCUAUGGCUUGCAAGAAAAUAGUGACAAGAGUGAGAGAUAUCUACAUCAUAACGCCCAAACAACAGGUCUUCAGCAUUUACUAGAGGAUGGUACAGAAACAUCAGCAUAUGAAGACAAUCUCCAUUACGCAGCAAACUAUGAAUUUGGAUAUCGAGUCCACGAUCAAGAUAGCGGUAAUUAUUACGGUCACAGAGAAGCAAAGACAGGAGAAAACACUAAAGGGCAGUACCACGUGUUGCUACCAGAUGGCAGAAUGCAACAGGUCAAAUACUCAGCGGGACCUGAAGGGUUUCAUGCUGAUAUAAGUUACGAAUUACAA